UUUCUGACCGUUGUGUGAGUGCGUGCCGUCGAUGUUCGUGGGCAACCAGAGGUCUAUAUACAUUAAUUAAUUGUUAAAAAAUUUCUUUGUGAACUUCAUUUCCAAAUUAAUACCAAGUUUCAAUCAUCGUGCUUUAAGAAAUGGGUGAACCAAAGGGGUCUGAAGAUUUGUCCACAGCAAUCUUGAAGAAGAAGGACAGGCCAAAUAGAUUGUUGGUUGAAGAAACCGUGAACGAUGACAACUCUGUUGUUGCUUUAUCUCAGGCAAAAAUGGAUGAACUCCAGCUCUUCCGAGGUGAUACAGUUCUGAUUAAAGGCAAGCGCAGGAAAGAAACUGUGUGCAUCGUUCUUGCAGAUGAAACUUGUCCAUUCGAAAAAAUCCGCAUGAACCGUGUCGUGCGGAAUAACCUGCGCGUACGUCUGGCUGACGUCGUUUCCGUCCAGCCUUGUCCAGAUGUUAAGUAUGGAAAACGUAUCCAUGUUUUGCCCUACGAUGAUACCAUCACAGGAAUUUCCGGCAACCUGUUUGAAGUCUAUCUUAAACCAUAUUUCUUGGAGGCUUACCGUCCAAUUUACAAGGAUGAUUCAUUCAUUUGCCGUGGUGGUAUGCGAGCUGUAGAAUUCAAGGUUGUCGAAACAGACCCAUCACCCUACUGUAUUGUUGCCCCGGACACAGUGAUCCACUUUGAGGGUGAUGCUGUCAAGCGUGAGGAAGAGGAAGAAGCGUCCAGUGCUGUAGGUUACGAUGACAUUGGAGGUUGCAGGAAGCAGCUAGCUCAAAUUAAAGAAAUGGUUGAGUUGCCGUUGCGUCAUCCUUCUCUUUUCAAAGCUAUAGGAGUGAAGCCACCGCGUGGUAUUUUGUUGUAUGGCCCACCGGGUACCGGAAAAACACUCAUCGCCCGUGCUGUUGCUAAUGAAACCGGUGCAUUCUUUUUCCUCAUUAAUGGUCCGGAAAUUAUGAGUAAAUUAGCCGGUGAAUCUGAGAGCAAUUUGCGCAAAGCUUUUGAAGAGGCAGACAAACAUGCUCCAGCUAUCAUCUUUAUCGAUGAAUUAGACGCCAUUGCGCCAAAAAGAGAAAAGACUCAUGGUGAAGUUGAGAGGAGGAUCGUCUCGCAGCUUCUGACACUCAUGGAUGGCUUAAAGCAAAAUUCUCACAUCAUCGUUAUGGCAGCCACAAAUCGUCCUAACUCCAUCGAUGCUGCAUUGCGUAGAUUCGGCAGAUUCGACCGUGAAAUCGAUAUUGGUAUUCCAGAUGCAACUGGCCGUCUAGAAAUCCUGCGUAUUCACACCAAGAAUAUGAAAUUGGCCGAUGACGUUGACCUAGAACAGAUCGCAGCGGAAACUCAUGGUCAUGUGGGUGCUGAUUUGGCGUCCCUCUGCUCAGAGGCAGCUCUUCAACAGAUCAGAGAGAAAAUGGAUCUUAUUGACUUGGAAGACGAUCAAAUUGACGCCGAAGUCUUGAACUCUUUGGCCGUUACCAUGGAGAACUUUAGGUAUGCGAUGAGCAAGAGCUCGCCAAGCGCUCUGCGUGAGACUGUCGUUGAAGUCCCCAACGUCACUUGGGAAGACAUCGGAGGUCUGGAGAAUGUCAAGCGGGAACUCCAAGAGUUGGUGCAGUACCCUGUUGAACAUCCUGACAAGUUCUUAAAGUUCGGUAUGCAGCCGUCUCGCGGUGUGUUGUUCUAUGGACCACCAGGUUGUGGUAAGACAUUGUUGGCCAAAGCCAUAGCCAACGAAUGUCAGGCCAACUUCAUCUCAGUCAAAGGACCCGAGUUACUCACCAUGUGGUUUGGUGAAUCAGAGGCUAACGUCAGAGAUAUUUUUGAUAAGGCACGCGCAGCUGCUCCCUGCGUAUUAUUCUUUGAUGAGUUAGAUUCUAUUGCCAAAUCAAGAGGUGGUAAUGUAGGAGAUGCAGGUGGUGCGGCCGAUCGUGUCAUCAAUCAGAUCCUAACUGAAAUGGAUGGUAUGGGCGCUAAGAAGAAUGUCUUCAUCAUUGGAGCUACGAAUAGGCCCGACAUUAUUGACCCUGCAAUCCUCAGACCGGGACGAUUAGAUCAGCUAAUUUAUAUUCCACUGCCUGAUGAGAAAUCGCGUGAAGCUAUUUUCAAGAGCAACUUAAGAAAGUCACCUGUUGCUGGUGAUGUGGAUCUAACGUACAUAGCCAAAGUUACCCACGGUUUUUCGGGUGCUGAUCUGACGGAGGUGUGUCAGCGAGCUUGCAAACUUGCCAUUAGGCAGUGCAUUGAAGCAGAAAUCAAGAGGGAACGGGAACGUGCAACCAAUCAACAACAAGGAGCAAUGGACAUGGACGAAGAUGACCCAGUUCCAGAAAUCACUAGAGCCCAUUUCGAAGAGGCGAUGAAAUUCGCUAGGCGGUCGGUGACAGAUAACGAUAUCAGAAAGUACGAGAUGUUUGCACAGACUCUACAACAGAGUAGAGGAUUUGGAAAUAACUUCAGAUUCCCGACAGCAGCACAAGGGACAGCUGCUCAAGGCACAGGCGGGGACCAAACCUCGUUUCAAGAUGACGGGGAUGAUGACUUAUAUAGUUAGUUAAAUUAAACGAAAAACAGCAAACAUGAAUGCGUACAUACUCCCUCAAGCUGUGUGUGCUUUGUAUGUACAUGGAUAUUGAUUUACAUGUAGGUUUUUUUAUUUAUUUCCUCUUUUUCUAUUCAAGCUGAAAAGUUAAAUUCAGGAAGCUCAUGCCUCCCCGUAAAAUUUCUGCAUCCUCCUGAGUUUUUACUGACCGUACACGCAAUCUUGAUUUAGAAAUCUUGGGAGUCAAAUUUUUACUGAAUCCUGAAUUUUUUUUACAACGUUUGUACUUUUCUCUUUUGUUUUUAGUCCACUGUAUCCCCCAAAGUUUUAUGUUUUAUUUCUCUAUUUUAUUGUAUUUAAAUUUUUGAGGCAACUUUGGAAACGGGAACUUUUCGAGCAAAUUUAACAAGGCUAGAAUUUUUGGAGUUCCUUGAGUGGAACCUCAGCCUGCGUUUCUUACUCCAUCCUCUGCUCAGAUGAGGCCGAAACUCCAGAACGUUCGGUGAUUUAUUCGUAGUAUUUUUUUUUUUUUUUAAUUUCCCUUCUCCUAAUGAAAUGUGCGUUAAGUUUAAGCUAAUUUUGUAAGAGACUUAACUAAAAGUAAGAGAGCUGCAGAAAAUUCAAGCUGUCAUGCCAAUAAAUCAGCAAUGAAUUCUCCGUUACUUUUAUUCCUUGGCAAGAUUUCGAUUUUCUCUUUACGUUCUCUGUAUUGAUGUACAGUUCUUGAAUCAGAUUAAAUGGUUUUUAGAAGUUAUAUAUCUUAGUAA